AUGUCGGUUUCCGGCGGCACUAGUCCUUGUGGAUCUCUCAAUCCAAAGAAAACCUCGUUUCAAGAAGAAGACCUUUGCCUUUAUUUCGGCAAGUUUAGGGUAAAGAUGGACGACUCUAAAGAGACCAAUACUUCUUCCCCAGGUUCGUCUUCUAAUGUUUCUCCACCCAAACCCCAACAACAACAAUCAGAGGCUUAUUGUUAUCCCAAACAUGAAAUUGGGUUUGGAAAUUCUCACUCUGCUCCAGUUCCAUUGUAUUCACAAGAUAUAUGGAGAGGUCAAAGUGACAUCGCUGCAGGAGAAUAUUUGGGUUCAAACAACCUGAAUGGGCAGGUUUUGACAAGGAAUGGGAACCCUAGAGUAGAUGCAUAUGCUGGUUUUCAAUCUCAUGAGGUGGCUGAGAAGAGUGGAAUGUAUUCCAAUGAUAAUUGGUAUCAAAGUUCGAGAACGUUGAAUGAUAUGGGGAAUCAAUCAAGCUUUGGCAAUGACUCAUUGCUAGGAAGCAGCUAUAUAGCUCAGACGGCUAUGACUCAAUCUGGCUCACAGCACUUGCUAGCUAGCUUGUUGACUAAGGACCCCGUAGUUACAAAUAUGAUAUUUGAAGGUGUUUUUGAUUUUCUAUUUGAGGUGAUGAAUGAUUCAAAUGGACAUCAUGUGUUUGCGAAGCUAAUUCUGUCAUGCAGUGAUAAUCAUCUAUUCCUCAUUGUAUCAAAGAUAGCUUGGAAUGCUCGAUUACUUAUCAAGAUAUCAGUCAGCAGAUACGGCUCGAAAUCGGUUCAGAGGCUGAUCAAGGUGCUUGAGAAAUCGCCUUUGAUUGACAUUGUGAUAGUAGCCCUAUCAAGUGGAUUUGAAGAACUGAUGACCAAUCGUUCAGGAUCUUUCAUUAUAUUGAAGUGCUUAAACCUCCUUGACAAUGAGAAAAAUCAGAAACUAUAUGAAGCUGCAGUAAAUCUUUGCAUCCCAUUGGCUCAGAAUGAAAAAGGAUGUAUAUACUUGAAUGAGUUCAUCACCAACAGUAAAGCUCCAUAUAGAGAGACACUCAUGAAUGUGAUUUCAAGCAAAUCAAAAUUCCUUUCUCAGCAUCCUUCAGGGAACUUUGUUCUUCAGCACAUCCUCGGACUCCACAAUCCCAUUUACAGCGAGUACAUAUGUCUGGAGCUGAGAGAUCUUUAUAUACAACUCUCGUUACAAAAAGGUGGCAGUCACGUUGUGGAGAAGUGUUUAAACUCGUCCGGGAUGGUACAUGUGGUAAGUGUUCUUCUCAAGUAUGAGAAACUUUGUCAAGUUGCGAGGGAUCAGUAUGGAAACUACGUGAUCCAAACAGCAUUGAAGGCCACGAAGAGCGCAAAUAGUCCCCUUCAUCAAAUGCUUAUAUCGAAGCUUUUACAGAAUCGGAAUGAACUUGUGUUUGGAUUUGGAAGGAAAGUGCUUGGUUUGAUUGACAAUGGGAUCCCACUAGAGUAA